GUACUAACUUGUUAAAGUUAUUUUGAUAAUAUGAACACCCAUCUUGGAGAAAAUUGCAUCUGUUUCUAAACCAGUUGGGAGUAUGUGUGAGAUGUGUUUAAAUUCUGCCUAUUUAAAAGCUAAAAGAUUGUGUGAUCGUAGCACUUAAGUGUGCAAACUAUUUGCAAUGGUUAAAGUAGAUUUUAUUUAAAAUUAAGAUAUUUUUUGUCUAUAGAUUAAGUUGAUUUGUUUGUGAAUACAUACGUACAUACAUGGUUACGCCAUUGUAGCAUUUUAUUUUUGGAAAUAGCAGAACAUAUUUAUUUUAUUCCUUCUCAAAGGAAGUUGUAUUUUACUUGUAGAAGUUUUAUAUAUACAUCCUACAUGCCACUAGCAAACAAAUUUCUGUCUAUGAUGCUUGAAAAACAGGUUUGAGUCUAAAAUUUCAUGUCACUCUUUCUAUGUUGUAAACCAACUGGUUGAUCUUGUGAUUGAAUGAUUCGCUCUCUAAAAUUAAUGUUUAGUUUCAAAUUUGUAAGUUGAACGUUUGUAAAUUUCGUUGGUAAUCAUUAUUUGUGCGUAUAAAUUUAUAAAUUGACAUUUAUUCAUCAGAAAUGACUCAUUAAGCACUAAUUAUAGUAUAAUCUUAUGUAACGCUCUUUAGUAUUUUAUAACUUAUGAAACAAUCUAAUUCCAAUAGCUGCUAAUAAAACAUAAAUAUUAUAAUAGAUUGAUAAAAAAUUUCGAAUGUUACAACAUAUUAUUAUUUAAUCCAUUAAUUAGUUAAAAACAAUUUUUUUUGUAUAUAAGUUUAUAAAUACCUACUUUUAAUCUUUACAAUAGCGUGGUAGAUCAACAUAUUUAUUCUAACUUUGUUCAAACUAACAAAGCUAUUUAUCAACUUAGUGAUAUAUACGAAAUAUUUAUUACAUUUAUACUAAUAGUGUAUCUUGAAUAUGCAUAUGUGUCAUCCACAUUUAAAAAUAUAUGUGUAAUCGUGUAUAAAUAAAUUUGGUACAAAUUGCAAGUGAAGUCAUCGGUUCCAAAUCACAUCGUUAGUGGUGUAAGGCUGUUUCAAUUUAUUUCUUAUUUUUCUUCCUAUGUGACACGUUUAUCUUAUCGGUGGAAGAAUUUAUGCUUGAAAAUGAAAUUGUGGGGAAUGCGAACGAACUCAACAUCAACAGAAUAGCAGUUGGCGAUGGUUUAAAUGAUGUGGACGAGAAAGAAAAUAUAGUAAAAUCGAAUUUACAAUUAAAACAACUACAACACCAACAACAUAUAAAGGAGUGUAGAACAACAACUACAGAAAAAUCAUUCGCUCUACGAAAAGAUGCUUUUGCGAAGUGGGGCAACGAGUUUUCAGACGGAGGACAUGUUCUUAUGCUUACUCAUCACGACAACCAACAUUUUCACUUCGAAUAUGUGACCCCCAAACAAGAUGAGAACAUGCUAGAUAAAAUUUCCGUUGUGGAACAGCACACAAAAUGUUUUCAAACAGAUGAAAAACUGAACAGUGAAAAAUUAGCCAUAAAUCAUACGAAUCGAGUUCCAUUCGCGCAAAAGCAUAUGAAAGAUGGAGAGGUGGUUAAAGGGGAAUUUUCAGUUGACAGCAACCCAGUAAGCAAUUUAGAUUUCGCCGCAAUGGUAGCCGAGGCUUGCGAAGGAAUUUUUGAUGAAAUCGAAAACGACUUGAGAGCAUACAAUAACAAUAGCAAUAAUAAUAGCUGUCAUGAUAAUGAAAUAUUUUCUGAUUCUGUAUGUGAUGGUGAGGAGCGUAUUGUGAAGAGAAAAAAACGAGCGCAUAACUCGGAAGCGGUACAACUUGCAGCAAAUGCCGUAUUGGACGGUCGUAUGAGUUUAGGGGAGGCUGCUAAGUGUUAUAAUGUUGUGCGUUCAACCGUAUCUUCUCGUGUCGCCAAACAUCCAAAACGUAAAAGACGAAAAUCGAAUAAGGAAUUAGAGGAACUAAUUUACAGUAAACUGAAGGCCGGUGUGCAAAUUUCGGAAAUUUCGCGCUCUUUACAUGUUCCUAAGUCAACUGUUCAUUUAUAUAAAACAAGACUGAAGAAUAACGGAUUGUUGCCCGCUGUUUGGAUUAGGAAUGGCAGUAAAGAUAUGGUUGAUCAUGGUGUUCAAGAGAGGUUAACGCAAGCAUAUCGUGGUCAUAUUGUAAACGGAAUGUCGGUACGUUUCGCUGCUGAGUUUUUCUCGUUACCGCUCACAACCUUAUGGCGAUACAUAAAACGCAGGAAAGGUCCCACAGUGAAUGACAUUGACGAUGACAUUAACAAAUUUGAAAAUGAAGAAUCCACUGAGAAAAAAAGUUGUGUUAACAACGCUUCAAAUGACUUUGAAGAGAAUCUGCAUAUUAAUGAAAUGAAAUCACCUCGAUCAUAUCCUACAGGACUGGGAACAGUUUUUGAAAAAGAAGAACAAACGAUAGAACAAUCUUUAUUAAAUCAACUGUUAGAGUGACAUAAUGUUAUAAAUUGUAUGGGAUCUCAAUAGUUGAAAUUGUAUUGUUAAAAAGUAAAUUGAAUAAAUAAAAAAAAAUCGAGAAUA